AUGCAGACUUCUUCUUUCGAGAAAUGGCCAAAGCAAACAGCCAUCACAGAAUUCAUCCUGUUGGGAUUUGGAGAGCUUCAGGAGUACCACCUUCUUCUUUUUCUUGUGUUUGUUGUGAUCUACAUUCUGACCAUGAGUGGAAACAUCCUCAUUGUAAACCUUGUAGUAUUUAACCAGAACCUUCACACACCCAUGUACUACUUCUUAGCAAACUUAUCCAGCUUGGAGGUCUUCUAUAGCUCCACCAUCCUGCCUAAGAUGCUCAUAAUUUUUCUAACUGGUGACAGAUCAAUUUCUGUCUGGGGCUGUUUCACACAACUUUUCUGCUUUGGUCGCCUUGUCAGCAUUGAAUGUUACCUUUUGUCAAUAAUGUCUUAUGACAGGUAUGUUGCAAUAUGCAAACCACUUUAUUAUGCAACUAUUAUGAAUGGCAGGGUCAUUUGUCACCUCAUGGUGGUGUCUUGGCUAUGUGCAGCAUUCAUUUUAAUUGUCAUCAUAUCUCUGGUGUCACAGUUAUCAUUUUGUGGCCCCGAGGAAAUUGACCAUUUCUUUUGUGAUUUCAGUCCACUACUCCAGCUCUCCUGCAGUGACACAAGCCACGUCAGAUUGUUAUCUCUCAUAUUUGGAUCAAUUGAUAUCCUACCCCCUUUCUUAAUAACCAUCACUUCUUAUGUUUGUAUCAUUGCUACAGUCUUGAAAAUUCCAUCUGUCACUGGAAGACAGAAAGCAUUUGCCACCUAUUCCUCUCACCUCAUUGUGGUCACAAUUUUCUAUGGGACUCUAAUGAUCGUCUACAUCUUACCAGACACCAGUGCACUGAGAAAUCUUAAAAAGGUGUUUUCUGUCCCAUACACAGUCCUGACUCCCAUGGUCAAUCCUCUCAUAUACAGUCUGAGAAACAAAGAGGUGAAAAAAUCUUUGAAAAAGGCUUUGAAUAAAUUCAUCAGUAAGGAUGCGAAGAGAUGGGACCCAUUAUUGUUCAAAAGGGGAUGA